AUGUUUUGGUCAAUUCCCCUUUUGAGCCUCGCGCUCGGAUACCUUCCAUCGGCGAGAGCACAUAAUGACACAGGAUCAACAUUGCCAGCGAUACUCUCUACCGACAUCAUCGAAGGCUUGGGCAACAAUAGUCUCUUCACCAGAUGGCGACCUACUUAUCACUUUACCUCGCCAGCUGGGUGGAUGAAUGACCCAUGUGCCAUGUUGUACGAUCCUACCACCGAUACAUAUCAUUUGCACUAUCAAUGGCACCCCAAUCAUGUAAACUGGGGAAACAUCUCCUGGGGUCAUGCCACUUCUAAAGACCUGAUUACUUGGACGGAUGUUGGAGGUUGGGAAAAUGAUCAGGCUCAAUCCGUCGGUACAGGUCCUGGGCCAGACUCAAGGAACAACAGCUACUACGGCCUCGGUAUCUUCUCGGGCUCUGGGCAGCCCUAUAACCUUCAGGGUGAGCAGGACGGCACGCUCAUCAACUUUUACACUUCAGUCCAGCAUUUGCCCACUAAUUGGGCUCUUCCUUACAUCAAGGGUACUGAAAAACAGAGCAUCGUCAUUUCAAACGACGGCGGCAAGACCUGGGAGCAGUAUGAAGGCAACCCAGUUAUUUCGUCCCCGCCCGAGGGCUGGAAUAUCACCGGCUGGCGUGACCCAUUCGUCGAACCGUGGCCAGAGAUGGAUGCCAUCUUAGGACAGAAAGAGCCGCAUUGGUAUAUGGUGUUGGGCUCAGGUAUCAAGGGAGAGGGUGGAGGCGGCCGCAUUCCAUUCUACAGCGCUCCCUCAUCGAACCUGACAGAUUGGACUUUCUUGGGCGCUCUAUGGGAACCCGACCGAAACGAGACUCUGGGCUCUCUCCUUGAAACCGGAACUUACGGGUUCAACUUUGAAGUGUCUAAUUUCUUCUCCUUGACUGACGAAGAUGACGAUGUGCACUACUACGUCCUCAUGGGGGCCGAAGGUGGUAACCUUACCUGGCAUCCUCGCGCAAGUUGGGGUCUCUGGAACGAGGGAGUAGUCACCAGGCGAGAGAAUGGUUCAGCCGAGUUCACCCCGGUUUCGGGUGGCGUCAUUGACUCUGGUCUACUUUACGCCGUCACCAGCUUCAAUGACACGAAGAAUGAUCGCCGCGUUCAGUGGGGUUGGGCCAGUGAGGAGAACAACAACUACGCUAUUAAUCAACAAGGUUUCCAGGGUGCCAUGGCAAUUCCUCGAGAGAUGUACGUUAUCAAGACAAGGGAUCUAAUCAACGCCGACGGAGGCCUGUCUACCAAAGGUAAUACACGUGUUGUCGAACACAGCAACGGUACCUUUACUGGAUAUACUCUGGGUGCUCGUCCUUUGCCCGAUGUCGUCGAAGGUCUUCACGUGGGCGCGGAGCCGCAGAACAUAAAAACUGCUGGCACCUGCAACGCUAGCUUAUCAGCCGGAAAUGCUAGUAGCCACAUGCAUCUUCAAGUAACUCUCAGCAACUUCACGGGCCCUGCUGGUGUAACUAUUGCUAUGUCGCCAGGUCGCGAGGAGCAGACUACUAUCUGGUAUAGUCCUGAAAACUACACCAUCAACGUUGAUCGCUCGAAGUCCUCGCUUAUUGGGACAAAAGUAGCCAACUACACAAUGCUUGGCUACUUUUAUCCAUAUACUUUCUCCAACGGCACGCAGGAGUCCUUACACAUGGAUGUUUUCGUCGAUGGUUCGCUUGUAGAGGUUAUUGUUAAUGAUCGCUUCUGGCUCACGACUCGCAUCUACCCUGCCCGCACAGACAGCACUGGGUUCGGUGUUUGGGUGGGAGACAACUCUACUGUUCAUGCCACAGACCUGACCGUGUGGAACAUCGCGGCCAAUGCCUUCCCCGACAGGCCGGCAAACUCUAGUAGUGAGCUUGUCUUCGACACGCCCGAGGAGUCGAACAACUAUGUUUGGUGGGCCGGAAAUUAG